CCGGAAAUGUCAACCGAGUGACUGCGAAGCGAAGUACUCUGAAUUACAUCUCCACUUUGUAAUACAUGAUGGAAUGCUAAUUUAAAGAAGAAACAGUCACAUAAUAUCGUCAAAGAGAAAGCUGUGAAUAUGACAAAUGUUUACUCUUUCGAUGGCAUCCUGGUAUUUGGCCUGCUGUUCAUUUGCACCUGUGCAUACCUCAAAAAGGUGCCUCGCCUCAACAGCUGGCUGCUGUCAGAGAAGAAAGGAGUGUGGGGCGUUUUCUACAAAGCCGCAGUAAUUGGGACACGGCUUCACAUUGCCGUGGCGAUUUCCUGUUUGGCCAUGGCUUUCUACGUUGUCUUCUUGAAAUGAUAAGAGCCAGACUGGACUGGAAAUGACUGGACGGGUGCAGGCUGGGGAUGGACUCAUCUCUGUGUUUAUGUGCUAAUCCUUGUUGUGGGACACCUCUUGGAUUACAUGACUGAUGAAACCCCAUUUGCCCUGCAGACCCAUAUGAACUACUAGCCAGUGCUGCCCCCUUCUGGUGACUGGGUACAAUAAAAAGUCCCUUAAUAAUGUGUGUGCACUACAGACAUAAAGGGUAUCCUGAAUCUCCCCCACAGUUAUUACAGAGGAGAGAGCCUGAUGGGUCACAUGGUAUCAUUCUGUUGUAGGGUACUACUGUUGGUUGUCUCCAUCAACACCCCAUAAAUAUUUAUAUUGAAGGAUGCAGAAGAUUGAAGGGCAGCGUGUGCAUUAUACCUUAUAUGUGUAUACAACCUAAAAUUAGCCUAGCUGUAUAUAUUUGGAAAAAGAUAUGACCAAUUGAGAUUUGUCAGGGGUUAUAUUUGAUCAAACUGAUAAUGAUACAUUCUGCUUGCUCCCAACUGUGCUAUUUUUUUUUUCUAUAUCACUUCUUCUGUUAAGGGUGGAGGGGAAGAUAAAGCUAAUAUAUGAAGAUGUUCUUGUGUACACUAUAUUUUACAUUUUUUUGCAACUUUUCUUAACAGUGCUGUUUUGCAUCUCUGAAACUUUGUUUUAGGUUUGAAAUACACAUUUUGCACAGGUGUAUGUUGUAUUUCCUUUGACAUCUAAUACUAGAUGAUAUGUUUUAAAUGCCACAUAUUGUUCCAAAUUGAACUGUAAGUUGGGCAGGAGUCAUCGUUCCAUCACAGUUUUAGAGUAUCAUAGAAGAGUAACGACUCAACAUAUUGUGAUAAUUAGAUCGCUAUAUCAGACUUGCCUGAAGUUUUAACUGAAAUGCCAAAUAGGGAUGGUGCUUCUCAUACCAUCUUAAUUACAUGCGGUUAUUCUGAGUUUAAUUCCGCCACCUUAUUUUUUAUUUUUUGAAAGAAGAAAUUGUUCUGAGAUGGGAUGCAAUGCAAUUUUGAGUAAAACAUUAAUCAGA